AUGCUCUUCAACUUCAACACCAUCGACGCCUGCUUCCUCUCCUCAGGAUGGCAGAUCAAGAACAAUGGCAUGUUUGCGGCCACCUGCAUCGGCACAGUUCUGCUGGUCGUCCUGGUCGAGUUCUGUCGUCGCAUGGGCCGCGAGUACGAUAAUUUCCUGACGCGCCAAUUCCAGCGCCAAGCCGCGCACGGCACCUUCGCCAAGCAAUGGCAACGGUCCAGUGUCACCUUUCGCGCCACCCCUCUGCAGCAAUUGACGCGCGCCAUCAUCCACGCCGUAACAUUUGCCGGGGCGUACAUCACCAUGCUCCUCGCCAUGUACUUCAACGUCUAUGUGAUUAUCUGCAUCUUCAUCGGUGCGGGGCUGGGCAAGUUCCUCUGUGAUUGGAUGGUCGUCACCGUGGGCAUCGAUGACGUGCCAGAUCGGAAAGUGGAAGAGACCACCAUAUGUUGCGAUUGA